GAAGACGAAGCUCGGCGGCAGGAGAACAUCUGCACAACAUCACAAUCACGGAACUCCACUUUUCAAGAAGACGUUGGAUGAAACCAAGACACAUCAGCUGAGAUCAGACCAUCUGCUGCGUGUUGAUGACCAUGACUUCACUAUGAGACCAGCAUUUGCAGGUCCAGCAGUGCCGGUGGGUGUGGAUGUACAGGUAGAGAGCUUGGACAGCAUCUCAGAAGUAGAUAUGGACUUCACCAUGACCCUCUACCUGAGACACUACUGGAAGGACGAGCGACUAUCUUUUCCCAGUAAAACCAAUAAAAGCAUGACCUUUGAUGGUCGAUUGGUGAAAAAAAUCUGGGUUCCUGACGUGUUCUUUGUCCAUUCCAAACGAUCCUUCAUCCACGACACCACAACGGAGAACAUCAUGAUCAGGGUCUACCCCGAUGGACACGUGCUCUACAGCCUCAGGGUGACUGUAACUUCAGCGUGUAAUAUGGACUUCAGCCGGUUCCCGCUGGACACGCAGACCUGCACGUUAGAGCUGGAGAGCUAUGCUUACACUGAUGAAGACCUGAUGCUCUACUGGAAGAGUGGAGAUGAAUCUCUGAGCACGGAUGACAAGAUCUCUUUGUCUCAGUUCCUCAUUCAGAAGUUCCACACCACCUCCAGACUGGCCUUCUACAGCAGCACAGGUUGGUACAAUCGUCUGUACAUCAACUUCACUCUGCGUCGUCAUAUCUUCUUCUUCCUGCUUCAGACGUACUUUCCCGCCACUCUGAUGGUCAUGCUGUCAUGGGUGUCCUUCUGGAUCGACCGACGAGCCGUUCCUGCCAGAGUCUCGUUAGGCAUUACGACGGUGCUCACCAUGUCCACCAUCAUCACUGGAGUGAACGCCUCCAUGCCCAGAGUCUCCUACAUAAAAGCCGUGGACAUUUACCUGUGGGUCAGCUUCGUCUUCGUCUUUUUAUCGGUACUUGAGUAUGCUGCCGUAAACUACUUGACCACAGUGCAUGAUGGGAAGGAUCGCAAGUUAAGAGAGAAGCCUUUACCCUGCACAUGUGACAUAUCUCACACAAGGACUAUGCUGCUCGAUGAUGCGUACAGUAAGUCUGAUGUCAAUGGCCUGGCAGGAUAUACCCAAGGUCCCGUCUCCUCUGGGGAUAAACAGGAACACAUGGUGGUGUGCCUGUCUUUGGCAAAUGAGGCCACAGCAGCCAAAAAGAAGACCCUCAGAGGCUUCCGUAUCAUCCAAAACACUCACGCCAUUGAUGCCUACUCUCGCAUGAUCUUCCCAGGGGCCUUUAUAUUCUUCAACCUCAUCUACUGGUCUGUGUUCUGCUGAGUUGCCUUGCAAAGGGAUUGUUGUUGUAGCAUAUUAUACUGCUUGUAUAUUAACGAAAGUAAAAGAAAAUAGUUUUUUGCCAUUGAUUGAAAGUAAAGAGACAACAAGAUAUGAUGCAGGCCGGAUUCGAAUCCAGCACAAGUGUCCUGUCAUUGAUCUUGAGGACAUGUACAAGCAGAUUUCAGAUGUAGGGUACAACAGGGCUAAAGAUGCACUGGGGUUAAAGGAGAUUGCAGAGUCGCAGCACCAUACAGUCUCAGCCCGACGAUUGCCGAAUCCGCCCCAUCGCUAACCCUAUAAUCUCCACACUAGCUUCCGGUCUGAGACGGCUGGCUCUCUUCUAAACCACUAGAUGGUACAACAACUCACCGCUGCACUUUCCUACACACCCACAGCAUGCUUG